AGCUUCACGAGGUUCAAACUGAUUCUCUCAACACAAACCAUCAUGACGUGGAGGUCAUGUGACCGUGGAGGUCAUGUCACCAUCACAACUCCUCCUCCCUGCUUCAUGGUGGGAACCACACGUGUAGAUACAAUCCGUUCACAAAAGGCGGUCUGAACCAGAACUAUCAGAUUCUGACUCAUCAGAACAAAGUCCAGAUGUCCUCUGGUCUGAUGUCCAUUCAUGUGUGUGUAGGUCAUGUGAGGUUCACACUCUGAUCACUUCUCAUUCACACGUGUCAUCAACAAUGUGAAUUCAGCCUCUGAACAGCUGAUGGACUCUUUAGUGUUGUGAUGCUGAGGGAGGGGCUGAAACCUGCCUAGCAACAGCAAACAGAUGUUUUCCUUCAUGUGUCUGCAGAUGACACACACACACACACACACACACACACACACACACAGACGAGGUUCUGGUCCUGGUCGGUAGGUUGGGAGCAGAUGGAGGAGGGGGGCACACUCUGAAUUCCUCAGCUUCUCUCAGACUGAUGCAUGCAGGGGAAAAACACUCCUCCUCCUCCUCCUCCUCCUCCUCCUCCUCCUCCUCCUCCCUGCUCUGCAGCACGGAGCUCCGUCAGGAGGACGCGGACACGAAGGAGGAACAAUAAGCGGAGCGAAGUCACUGCAGUCUGCCUGUCUGCCUGCCUGUCUGCCUGCCUGUCUGCCUGCCUGUCUGUCUGUCGGUGAACGGACCGAGCUGGUGUUCGCAGCUCCCCGGAGGAGGAGGGAGGGAGACGGGCUGAGGGAAGAUGUCCUCCCCGCAGGUCUCCUCGUCCCGCAGACAGUCCUGUUAUCUGUGCGACCUCCCCCGCAUGCCCUGGGCCAUGAUCUGGGACUUCACCGAGCCCGUGUGCCGGGGCUGCGUCAACUACGAGGGCGCGGACCGCAUCGAGUUCGUCAUCGAGACAGCCCGCCACCUGAAGCGGGCUCACGGCUUCCAGGAGGGCAGAGCCGCCGGCGGGCCUCCUCCUCCGCCGCAGCCCGCGGUGGCGAAGAGCCAGGCGGUGUUACUGACCGGAAAAGAGCCGGCUCAGCUGAACCACCAUCACCAGGCGGACGGACCGGGGAAGUCUCAGCAGCCCGGUUUGGACCGGUACUCGCUCUGUGCGGAUAGCCGGGUCCGGUUUGACUACGGCGGGCACAGCAGCAGCAGGGUGCCCAACGGACUCGGAGGACCCAACGGGUACAAACAGGACGACGGACCGCCCGAGCUGAACCGACAGAGCCCGAACUCGAGAAGCAGGGUCCACGGUGGGCUGGUGUCGGCACCGGGACAGAUGAACGUACCGCCGAACCUGCUGCCUCAGACCCUGCUGAGCGGACCGGCCCCACACGUCAUGGCGAGCAGAGCCGCCCCACAGAGCUCCAUGGCCGGACAGGUAGGGCUCUCUGAGCCCGGAGGGAAGCGGCCCGCCUCGGUGUCCAGCACGGACCAGGAGCGGGAGCUGAAGGAGAAGCAGCGGAACGUGGAGGCUCUGGCCGAGCUGAGCGACAGUCUCCGGAACCGGCAGGAGGAGUGGGCGAGCAAGCCCAAGAUGGUGCGGGACACGCUGGUCGCUCUGUCCGGCUGCACCCCGUUCGACGUCCGGUUCAAGAAGGACCACGGGCUGGUCGGCCGGGUGUUCGCCUUCGACGCCGUGUCCAAGCCCGGCAUGGAGUACGAGCUGAAGAUCUUCAUCGAGUACCCGAGCGGCUCCGGGAACGUGUUCUCCAGCGCCUCGGGGGUGGCCAAGCAGAUGUACCAGGACUGCAUGAAGGACUUCGGCCGCGGCUUGUCCUCCGGCUUCAAGUACCUGGAGUACGAGAAGAAGCACGGCUCCGCGGACUGGCGCCUGCUCGGGGACUUGUUACCGGAGUCUCUGCGGGUUUUUAAGGAGGCUGUGGGGGGAGACAUGCUGCCGCAGCCCUUCAUCGACGGCAGCUACCCGCUGCUGCCCAGCUCCAUGGUGCUUCCCGGCCGAGCGUUGGCGUCAGGCAGCGGCAGCAGCAGCUCCAGGGCCGGUGUGAGGAAGAGGAAAGCCUCCCCGGAGCCGGACUCUGCGGAGGGCGGCCUGAAGCUGACGGAGGAGCCGCAGAGGCAGCAGUGGAUCAACAGCCAGACCGAAGCCCUGAAACUCUCGGUGGCUGCCAGCUCUUUCACCGGGCCGCCGCUCCCGCUCGGCCCGGGACUCCCCGGCCUCUCCUCCGGCCGCGCCACGCCCCCGGAGCCCGCCGCUCCUCCGCAGAAUGGACAGUCCCCGAUGGCCGCGCUCAUGACAGUCGCGGACACGCUCGGGAACGCGCACUCCCCCAACAAGGACCGAGAUUCGGUCCACUCCACCACCUCUUCCUCCAGACACAACAGUAGCAGCCCGGUGUCCCCCGUCCCCGUGUCCGGACAGAGGCGCCUCUCGUCCCGCAACGGAGACCUCGGACUGUCCGCUACGCCGCAGUCCGCAGGUGGCAUGGACCAGGUGCACGCGCAGAACGUGCCCGACUCCCCCGUGGCCAACAGCGGGCCUCUGUGCUGCACCAUCUGCCACGAGCGGCUGGAGGACACACACUUCGUGCAGUGCCCGUCAGUCCCGAACCACAAGUUCUGCUUCCCCUGCUCCAGAGAGAGCAUCAAGGCCCAGGGCGCCUCCGGGGAGGUGUACUGCCCCAGUGGGGAGAAGUGCCCCCUGGUCGGCUCCAACGUGCCCUGGGCCUUCAUGCAGGGGGAGAUAGCCACCAUCCUGGCUGGAGACGUGAAGGUGAAGAAGGAGAGAGACCCCUGAGGAGGAGGACUUCUUCUCUGACUGUAAAACAGCAGCUGCUGGCCUCCACACUUCUUCUUCUGUCAGUGGAGUGAAGCUGAUAUCUCUGUUUUAAUGACAGCAGCAGGAAGUCUUCAAGGCCUGGAAAUGUGCUCCAGGCUGGUCUUGAAUUUUAAUCUGAUGUUUGAUGACAUGAUGAGUCACAUGACCAAAAGUCUUUGAAUAUCUGAAUCAGCCGUAGACAUGUUUGUUUGUCCAGGAGCUGCUGCUGCUGCUGCUGCUGAUGAUGAUGAUGAUGAUGAUCAUCAGCAUCAUCAUCAGUUUCAGUCUGUCUGCUGUCACAAACAGGAAGAUAACCCUUUGGUGUUCAACCUUCAAAAUAAAACGUCGAGCUGAUCAGACCAGUUCAGUCCAACCUGAAACAAAACCAGGAUCGAACAUCGGGGUAAUGUUAGUCUGAUGUUGUUUUGAUGUUGGUCUAAUGUUUGUUUACACUUAAUGUCACUUCCUGUUCCUGUCAUCAGUGCAGAUUAUUGUGACCGGCAGAUGUCGGCCUUCACUGAUCAGAGGACAGUUUGUUUGUUACUUACAGCUGUUUAAUGAGGUGUCUGUUGAUCAGCUGUCUGAAGUCAGUGAUUCAAACGUUCAAAGAAAACUUAAAGUGAGAUCACAGACGUGAAACCUCUUUAUAUUCUGUAUUCACACUGACUUUGAAUUCAUCAGAUUCAGAUUCAAAUGAAGCCGAUGUGACACUUCUCUGACUCAGAUGAAACUUUAGUGAUGUGUCGUCGGCGUACAGCAACAUUUAAAACCGACUCCACUGACAGAUGUGAAGAAGAUUUUGUCGGCUGAGUGGCUGUGAUGACGGAAACGUUUAAAUAUUCUACAUGUGGACGUUGUGUUGUCGUGGAGGUGACGGAGGUGUGAUGUUGUGGUUCAGAGGGUGAGACAGCUCUUGUCAUCAGUUUAUAAACCAUGUCUGUAAAAAGUCUUAUUUUUUUAUAUGUUUUUUAAAAUAUGUGAUUUUAUUUUUGCAUUUUGAAGGUGUGUAAUUCAUUUUUGUAAAUUUUCUUUUUUUAUUUAAUUUUCUUACUGCAAUAAAGUUUCUGAUGUUUUCUUUUUUUACAUUUCACACGUCAUCUUUAUGUUUUGUCCUGUAGAUUGAAAACAUUUGAUCUUGUAACGUGCCUUGGAGCUGAGUCCGUUGUAAUAAAUUUCAUUGGUAUGAACCUUUUCACUAA